AUGUCAAAUCUCGCGAAACUUGAAUUUGUGGCUCUUGAUAUUACUGGAAAGAACUAUUUAUCAUGGAUAUUAGAUGCUGAAAUCCAUUUGGCUGCAAAGGGUCUUGGUAAUACUAUCAAGGCCGGAAAUAAUGAAUCGGAUCAAGAUAAGGCCAAAGCUAUGAUAUUCCUUUGCCAUCACCUUCAUGAGACUCUAAAGAAUGAAUAUUUAACUGUUAAAGACCCAGAGGUGCUUUGGAGUAAUUUAAAGGAAAGAUAUGACCACCAGAAAACUGUAAUACUUCCCUCAGCUCGUUAUGAAUGGCUAAAUUUAAGACUGCAAGAUUAUAAAUCUAUUAGUGACUACAACUCAGCCAUGUUCAGAAUAACCUCUAAACUGAAACUAUGUGGGGAAAAAAUAACUGAUGAUGAGAUGUUGGAAAAGACUUACACCACCUUUCAUAAAGAUAACCUCCUCCUAAGCAAACAAUAUCGUGAAAAGGGUUUCCAAAAUACUCUGAACUCAUAUCUUGUCUACUUGUGGCUGAACAAAAUGAUGAGCUAUUAUUAA